AUGUCGAUCAAAGGAUGUCAAUGUGCUAGAAAUAUGGAAGAUAAAAACGCAAUUCAGUGCUUUCAAUGUCAACUUGCUUUUCACCAAGACUGCGUCGGAAUAAGUAAAUCAGCUUUCAAGGUUAUCAGUUCCGUGUCCAAUAUUAAGUGGUAUUGUGAUGAAUGCAUGAAACUACUUCCUGAUGUAAAGUCAUUAAAUAAAGCUGUGCGUGAUAGCAAUGAUGCGCUCAACACUAGAAUUGACAAAAUUGAUGAAUCGAACAAUUUGUUGAGGUGCGAACUUGAAGCUAUCAAAAGUUUAAUUCAGAGAAAUGUUGAUGGGGCGGAAAGAUUCGAUGGCACAGUUUUGAGUACCGAGCUGUGUAACCUUAAAAACGAUUUGAACAAGAGUUUUGCUGAUGCUGUCCGAUGCGAAGUGAAGAAAAAUAUUGAACUAGUUAAUGAUGAGGUAAAAAGUGUUCAAAAAACCAAUGUAAAUGACAUGAAAGAAAGAGAGAAUAACAUAAUGAUGUUCAAUUUGCAAGAAACUGAUGAUGAUAAAGAUAGAGUCAAAGAAAUUAUUAAAAAGUUAUCCAGUGAAGUCAAGGAUCAGGAUAUUAAAAGAAUUGUUAGACUGGGUCCAAAAGCUGAAACUAAAAUUAGACCGGUGCUGAUUGAAAUGAGGAGUUGUGCAAUUAAAGAUUUAGUCUUAAAAAAUUCCUUUAAAUUAAAAACUAUGCAUGAAGAUCUUGAUAAAGUAUGGAUCAGUCAUGAUUUAACAGUUGAUCAGCGUGCCGAGUUAAAAAAACUAAUUGAUGAAGCCAAAUCAAGAAAAAUCUCGUGCCCGGGGCCGUUCAAUUCAUCUUCCGCUGAUACCCUGUUGGAUUUGUUUAAUUCUGAAAUCGUGAGAAUUGUGGAUAUGGUUGCUCCUUGUCGUUAUGUUAAAUCUACUCAUGUACUAUCUGCCCCUUGGUUUGACUCUGAAUGUCGUUCAUUAAAACGCAAUUGUCGAAAACUGGAACGAUUGUAUAGGAAAAUGAAAAAUGAUAUUAAUCGAAAUGCAUGGCGCUUAGCGUUAAAAGAAAAAAUACAACAAUUUUCCCAAAAAAGAAACAAAUUUUAG